AACAGCUCUUCUGAGCUAAGUCAAAAACUGUGGUCUGAUUGUAUGUGUCCUCUUAAUCUUUCAACACGUAUCGAAUUCAUGGAAACGUGUAAGAAAGGACCGCCAUAGACCGCGAAUGGGCCCAUGAUUCUUUGUGGUCGUUCAGAAACAGUUCAGAUCGCAGACGAGGAGGAGGCUCGGCUCUGAGGCAAGGGCCUUGAAGGGUGUUGUCUGAUUUAUGCAGCUGUGCAGGCCAUUAAAGUGCAACAUUUUGAGGAUCAAGUCUUAAUAACAAGUUAAAAAAUGAGUGAGGAACGGGAUAGGGAAGAAGAUCCCUUGGUGGAUUUGUGGCUCGCCAACUGGGAGCAGCAGUGCGUGGAACACCUGGAGUCGGAGCCUGAUUGUGAGGGUCAGCUGCAGGCCGAAAGAGACAGGUCGAUUCACAACAAUUGGUUAUUGUUCCAAAACACGGCCGCGGCCAUUGCACAAUUGUAUAAAGAUCGCCAGCAGGGGGUUUCGUUAUGGAUCCCCUUUCAAACGGCUGCCGGUACCGUCACGUCUCUGUAUAAAGAUUCCACUGAUGCCAUUCGAAGGGUUGGUGAACUAGGUGUUCAGUGCGGAUAUCAGAGACGCAAUAAAGAGCUCAUGAACUGGGCAAGGAAAAAGAGACGCAAUAUUCGCCGUGAAGAUUUGAUGGCGUAUCUUGCAGGAAAACCACCCCCUUUGCGCCCACACCACCACAGCAGAGUUUCCCCAAGACCGCGGGUAAUGUUAUCUGAACGCCAAUCACCCAAUAGCCAGCAGAUGGAUAUACACCAUUUUCAUUCUAAUCCAGCAACUAUUAGUACCGAAGACAACUUGCACACAUUCAGGGAAGCACUGUCUAUUGCCAGUUCAAAUGUGAAUUUUGGGAGGAAACCGAGGUCUGCAGAUCUAAGCAAUUUCAUUGCAAAUGAAUUUGUGCGCAAUGGCACGAAAAGACCUGCUUCCUCUAGCCCUCCACAUGACGUGACUAUGGACUCACCUACCCACAAGCGUUCUCGCUUCAUGUAGUGGCAAUCAGUCAGUGGAGUUGUAUGGGCAGUGCCAGGGAACAACUAAGUUGUCAUUUUUCAUUAACUUACAUGAAGGUAUUUUUAUACAGUCAUAGCUUUAAUGGUCAAGUUUGAGAAGUGGCAUCUGUUUUAUAAGUGACAUGCAAGAGUGAUUUGUGGAUGGGAGUAUGUCUGUGAGAAUAUGUUAUAGUUGAUUUGUCACAUUUUAUCUGUAAAGAUGAUGUAAAGUGUUUCUGUGAUCUCUCAAAUUUAGAUCCUGUAGAGAGGUUACUGGUUAUUCUACUUUACAUCCUUUGCGGUGUUUCACUCAAUUUAAAAUUUAUAGUUGGCUUGUUUUCCUUUUCUCAUGUUUUUUUUUUUAGUCUUGUUGAUUUUGUUUAAAUAUUGAAAAACACAAAAAACAAACAUAAAUUGUAUAUAUUGAUACAUAUAUGUUCUGUAUGUAAUGUGCGCAACCAAUGAACGUAGGCCACCCUGUGAAGUUUUAUUUUCCUGUAGACUUUUCCAGUUUUGUUAAUGAUGGGAUGGAACAUCAGCGUGCUUGGAGGUUUUGAAUAUUCUUCUGUUAAUUAUAAAAUUGUAAAUAUAAUUUAAACUCACUGUGAAAUAUAAACUAUGUAUAUAAGAAAAAGUUGUAUAGGGGAUUGUUUGUGACCCUAAGCACCAAACCCACAAUAAACGUCACAGUAAAUAUUUUA